ACAGGACUCCUGCAAUCAGUCAGAAAGCAGAUCCAUGCCAGAUCUGCUUUAACUACGGAUUACUACAAGGACUGAGAGGAGAGAAAGGGCACAGCGAAAACAUUAAAGAGGGAAGCAAAAUGCAUGACUUGUAAAUACUGAACAGAAAGUUUGGAACUGCAUCUUUUCUAACUGUGUCACUUGUACACAAGUACCUGUCCAAGGUUCUAACACAAAUCUGGACUUGCCUCAUUUUUCUCUGAUAUUUUCAGCGCAUUUCUACCAAAUGUCAAAUACUAUGAUCACUUUUAUAGGACUUAACAUUUUGCAAGGUGGCUUAGCUAUUGUAUAUUCCAUCACAUCUCUUUAAUGAACAAAUAAAACUGAUUUAUUAAUCUCUCCUAGAGCACCAGCUGGUUGUUUUAGGGUAUCAUGCCAACUUUUGAUGAAGUCCUAAAGGAAGCUGGUGAAUUUGGAUGCUACCAGAAGAGGGUAUUCAUACUUCUCUGCCUAACAGGAAUCACGUUUGCUUUCUCCUUUGUGGUGAUUGUAUUUCAGGGGCAGUUGCCAGAUAAUUACUGGUGCAGGAACUCUGAAGUGGCAGAAGUGAGCAAACUUUGUGGUUGGAGUUCCCAUGAGGAAAGAAAUUACACAGUGCCAUGGCUGAAUGCACAAAGGACGGAGGAAAGCCAUUGCAAUAUAUACGACUUAAACUGGAACAGCAGCUUAUCUUCUAUCAGCUGUGUGGAUCCAUUAUCUACUUUCAUAAACCUGAGCCAAGAGCAACUACCACUAAAAUCUUGCCAGGACGGGUGGAUCUUUGACGAGCAUCAUUCAACGAUCAUAAGCCAGUAUAACCUUGUGUGCUCCGAUUCUUGGAAACUGGAUUUAACUCAAGCCGCUUUGAACCUAGGAUUUCUGGUGGGUGCUGUUAUUUUGGGCUAUGCUGCAGACAGGUAUGGAAGGAAAAUUACAUAUCUUAUAUGCGCUUUUGGAGCAGGAUUAAGUGGAGUUAUAGCAGCAAUUGCACCAAACUUUUAUGUGUUUGUAUUUUUUCGAUUUCUGCAAGGUUUCUUUGGCAAGGGGACAUGGAUGACAUGCUAUGUUAUAGUUACAGAGUUGGUUGGAUCAAAACAACGACGCAUUGUUGGUAUUGUAGUUCAGAUGUUUUUCACUCUGGGAGUUAUGAUUGUUCCUGGGAUUGCCUACUUAAUACCCACAUGGCAGGGGAUUCAGCUGGCUAUUUCAUUGCCAAACUUUCUCUUUCUACUAUAUUACUGGCUGAUUCCUGAGUCCCCUCGCUGGUUGUUGAUGCGCAAAAAGAAAGAAAAGGCAAUGAAAAUUAUGACUGACAUUGCUAGGCACAAUGGAAAUUAUCUAAACCCAAAUUAUAGCCAGAUUUCAGUCUCAGAUGAAGAGGUUGUCAAUCCAAGAUGCAUGGACCUUGUAAGAACUCCACAGAUAAGAAAAUGUACUUUAGUGCUCAUGUUUGCCUGGUUUACAAGUGCAAUCAUUUAUCAAGGUCUUGUUAUGCGCCUGGGAAUUGUGUCUGGAAGUCUGUACAUGGAUUUUUUCAUCUCCGCAAUGGUAGAGUUGCCUGGCGCUGUAAUCAUUUUACUUACCAUUGAUCGAAUUGGACGACGCCUUCCGUUUGCAUUAAGCAAUAUUGUAGCUGGGGUGGCAUGUUUAAUCACUGCUGUCAUACCAGAAGAUACCUUAUGGCUAAAAAUAACAUUAGCUACUCUAGGACGGUUGGGUAUCACCAUGGCAUUUGAAAUUGUGUAUUUCAUGAACACAGAAUUGUAUCCAACAUCAUUAAGAAACUUUGGUGUUUCUAUAUGUUCGGGCAUGUGUGAUUUAGGGGGCAUCAUAGCACCAUUCCUGCUUUACAGACUGGCAGCACUUUGGGUGGAGUUGCCUUUACUAAUCUUUGGAAUACUUGCCCUGAUUUGUGGUGGGCUAGUUAUGCUAUUGCCAGAGACUAUGGGAAUUCCCUUACCGGAAACAAUUGACGACAUUGAGAAUCUUGCAAGGAAACAAAGAAGUACCAAGAAAAAGAAGGAUACUCCUAACUUUAUAUGACAACAUGACAAACAUAUGAAAAGAGACCUCACGAUACUUAGAACAUGUCAUCUACCUUCCUUUGCCUUCAGAUAUCUCCAUUGUCUAAUGUAGGCUUCUUCAGAACUGUGAUAUCAUUUUCAUCAGUUAGGAGGACAGUGGCAAUGCUCAUUUUUCUCAACUUUUAUACAAUUUCUUAAAGGACAAAUGACUCUUAAGUUUGGAGGUGGGGGGGGGUGUAGCUCAAGUUUCUUCAUUCAUUUACUUGGAGCAGAGUAAUGUCUUACAGUAUCCCUGAAAUUAAAUUGUUGAUAGCUGUAAGGCAUUUACAGUGUGAUCACUUGGUUCUCACUAAGCUUAUUAAAGUUUGAUUAAGAAAAAUGGCACUCACUAAGUAAAAAAAAUCACAAUGCAAAGUAUUAGCAGUUAUUAAAGCAAUACCUAAAUGAGCUCACAGUGUGCAUCUAGAUAUGUUGAACUAGCAACAAUUCCUAAAAUAAUGUUUUCUUUCCACUGAGUAUUUUAUUCCCAAGUUAUUUUGCUUUAUGUUAUGUUUUUGAGACCAAAAUAAAGGCAACAAACCAGUAAGUUGGUAAAACACAA